AGCACUCAGAUUUAGGUGGGGGAGAGAGGAGAAGACAGCUUGCUCGAUUACCAAAUUGGGCAGUAGUUGUCUAGUUGAUGAAUGAAAUAGUUUUGACUUUCUAAAUGGGUUUGGACUUUGGACAAUUAGAACUAUUUGGAAGAUUUAAUUCCCAUUAAAAACAAGAUAAAGUCCAGGGACCAAAGAUUUUGUAAGAUUAUCUUAUGUUUCUUAUUUGCCCAUUGUUCUCAAGUUUACUCUUCUAGACCAAAAUGAGUUUCUAAUUCUCUUUAGAUCUUGACAUUCACAAAUACAAACUUACAAAUCAUUCCAUUUGCAAAUUCAUGUGCAUCCAUAAUUCAUCUCGUUAAUCUAAAUAUGCCCAACGUUUAUAAUGAUUGUAUGUUAUAAUGCCACUAGUGAAUUCAAAAGUAAAUUUAUAGUCAAAUGUAAGACUUCACAUUAAACAAUAGAAUAGUCGAAACAUCACCUACUAAUUCACGACACAAUUUUUUUUGCAGAUUAUACAAAUCGAGAGACAACGAGACAAUCAUGACUAUAUAAUAAAAGGAUCUAUUUUUGCAUGUGACAUCUAUAAGCUUUAAACUAAUUAAGUUGAUUAAUGAUCUUGUCAAAAAUGUAUAUGUGUUUUACUUGACCUGGUAUAUACGUUUAACCCUUCGCUUGUCACUAGACAAAAGGGCCAUGAAACAAGAAAACAAAUACUAUUUUAUUGAACACGAGAUCUACAAAAACCAUUUCAAUGUCGUUUCUUUUUAAAAACUCCACUCUACAUGAUCUUCCUUUUUUCUUCAAUCUCUUAUCUCUCUCCAGUCGCCUUAGCUUCUUCCCUCAACCCACUGAAAAUCGUCUCCCUUCCCCGAAAAUGGGAAAACUCGCCGUGAUCAACUCACCCCCGACUCGCUCUCACUCGUCAGCAGCUCAGUUGCUUCUCCUCUCCCUUUUCUUCUCACUCGCUGCCGGUCAAACCGAGCUCCGACCCGGAUUCCAAGCCACCCCAGACGGUUCAAUAUCGUCGUUCCAGCCGAUCCUCAAAGACCCAUCAGGCAAUUUCUCACUCGGCUUCCUCCGAGUCAACUCGUCCCAACUCGCUCUUUCAGUCCUUCACCUCCCUUCCCUCCAGCCCAUUUGGGCCGCCAACCCGACCCCAGCCACGCCCAGCUGGUCGGACCGGACUCGGCUCUCCUUCAACGGCACCCUCGUGCUCUCCGACUCCCGCCGUGGCAUUCUGUGGUCAACGAGUCAGACCGACCCAGGCAACGCGGUCGUUUUGCUGAACACCUCCAACCUCCAGCUGGUUAAGCGAAACGGCGCCGUCUCGGUGACAGUCUGGCAGAGUUUCGACUUCCCCGCGGAUACCCUCGCGGAGGGGCAGAACUUCAGCUCCGCCGCUUCCCUGGUGGCCUCCGGCGGCCGGUACGCCAUGCGGCUGGGGGAUGACUUCAUGGCGCUGUUCGCCGACUUCGACGGUGACGGGGCCGCCGAUCGGAUCUACUGGAAGCACAAGGCGCUCGAGGCGAGAGCCGACGUGGUGCCGGGUCAGGGCCCGAUUCACGCGCGGGUCGAACCGGAAGGGUUUAUUGGGUUGUACCAGAACGGGACGGGUAAUACUCCGGUCGAUGUUCAAUCGUUCAACAGCUUCAGGCGUCGGGUCAGCGGGUUUUAUAUUGUCCGGGUCGAACCGAACGGGAACCUCAAGGGUUACAACUGGGAUGGAGCCAAUUGGGUUCUCGAGUACCAGGCCAUACCGGACGGGUGCAGCCUGCCCGACCCAUGUGGUUCGUACGGGCUGUGUCGACCCGGACCCACUUGUUCGUGUCUGGACAAUGGGACCGAGUCGGAUUCUAAUCAACCCACGAGUCAGUGUUUGGCCGCUCCAGCGGCGGGCAAUUUGUGCAAUCAGGUCGGACUCGAAAACGUCGAUAAUUUUCGAGUCCUCAGGAGGAUUGGGGUGGACCUACCAUUCAAGGAGCUGACAAGCUACAUAACAACCACAUCGUUGGGAGAAUGUGAGGGCUCCUGCGAGAGAAAUUGUACGUGCUGGGGUGCAGUGUAUAACAACGCGUCUGGAUUCUGCUACAUGUUGGACUAUCCUAUCCAGACGAUGUUAGGUGUCAACGAUGAUAGCAAGUUUGGAUACUUUAAGAUAAGGAAUGAAGUCGCUUCGAAAGUCGACGAGAAGAAGAUGGGUUCGGGCGCACGAGUCGGACUCGUGUUCCUGUGCCUAUCCGUCUUGGUUUUGGUCGGGGCGGUCGGGGUUGUGUGUGUUAGGGCGUGGAAGAAGCACCGGAGAGGGAGUAACCGGAUCUUGGAAGAGCAGGAAGGGGUUUCGGCGCCGGGCCCGUAUAAGGAUCUCGGGUCGGAUAGUUUUCGGUCCAUUGAGAUGGGCGAUAGAAGAUGACGUAAGGGAUGACAUUUUUGUGGCCGGCGCUACGUAGUGGUGGGCGUUUUGACUAAAUUGUGGAUAUUCAUAUUGUUUUUUUUAUAGUAGUCAAACGGGACAAGCAAAAUCCUUUUUUUUUAGAUUGGUUUUCAUUAUUUUUAUUGUUUUUAUGGGAUAAUUUUAUUUGUAACAAGUAAAAAUAAUACUAGAGCCAAAACGUCAUUCGUUACUAACUUUUUGUGACUAAUGGCAAUGGUUCCAAUAUUGUUUUCCCAUCACUACUUGGUUGAUUGUUUCAUUUUUUUAAUAAAGCAAACUAUUUUCUUUAUGAAACUCUGUUAUAUGUACAAUAUAAUUUACCCAUGGUUAGAUCAAAGUAAUCAAUCACAACCAUAUUAAAGGGGAGACACAAUUGAUCAAAAAGCACUUUGGUAAUGGCUGGUUGAUUGAUCGCAAUGAUAGACUUAGGAGUACAUUCACGAGAGAGGUACAUGAAUCUCGAGAAUAUAAAGAAUACGAAGAUACAAAUUUUAACAUGCACACUAUUUUACUAGGGAUACGAACGAGUAUAAUCAAUUGAGCCUAACUUGGAUGUAAAAAAAAUAUUUAUUUUUUUCAAUCCACAAAUACAACGAAGUAUAUCAAAAUGUUCCACACAAAAAAAAAGUAUAUAAAAAUACGAGUUAGUUCAUCUCUCUAAAAUUUAAGUCAAGCUUUUUCACUACUUAUAAUUGAUUACAAAAUUAACAUCUCUCUAAGGGCUGAGAUCAUUUCGAAAAUUCAUAUUUCUUUAAUUACAAAACUUACACCAAACGUUGAACAACAAUUCAAAAGACUAACCACAUAAAUUCAAGAAAAUAAAAUAUUAUUAUAUUAUGAUGUAUUUGUACCGUCACCAAUUAAAAAAAUUAGCAUAUUCAGAGUGAUAUGUUAUUUCUGGGUCGUAAAAGUAUAUAUAAAAAAAUUCAAUCACACUUGUCACAUUAUUGUAUAUAUAAGAACAUUUUGUUACUGCAUGCAUGUUGAAGAGUAUUCAUAGGAGAGCUCCAUUUUCCUUCCUAUAAUUUGGGCCGGAGGAUGAAAAAGGCCUAUCAUUUUUGGGCUCCGGAAGCAAGUUCAUAUCAUUAGAGAGCUUUUGUCGGCCUAGCCCAAUUACUGCUCUUAUGUUUGCUGCUUCCGGCUCUAAGUCAUUUGGGGUUGGGGCUCAAUGGCGCAUGGCCUCUUCUCUCUUUUCUUUCCUGGCGGGGCGGCUGACUGCUUUUCUUCUGCCACGAUCUAAAAGUAGCAGCUAGCCUCUGCUUUUCUUUCGACGUACUACUAAUAAAGUUGGUCCCAUGCAAUGCAAUGCAAGCCUGACGCCCUUUGCGUGGUUAGGUUAUGGGCUUUACGUAAAGGGUGGCAUAACCGUUGGCCAUUCUUGUAGUAGGUAGUAGGAUGAUAACCAUAAAAGAAGAAAAGAAGCAAUCACGUACGUGGCUUUAGCCAUAUUCUUCCUUUUUAUUUUAUUAUUAUUACCAUAUUACAAUAAUUGAAUUUAUUUAAU